UAAAGAAGACUCAACAGCUACAGAGACUUUAAGAGAUUUCAGACAGCUGUGCUCAAUUUUGCAAAUCAGUGGCUGAAAGCUCUCACCAUGAGAAUAGGCAUCUUAGCAUUUAUGGUUCUUGGCACCUGCACUUUAAGUGCAUGGUGCCACCCAAUUAAACCCAAGUUUGUGGUCUUCCCUGGGGAUGUACUCAAAAACAUGACAGACACAGAUUUGGCUCAGAGCUACCUGAAGCGAUUUGGGUAUAUGGAUAUACUGAAUAAGAGUGGACACCAGGGAUUAGUGUCUACUUCCAAAGCUCUGAAGAGGCUGCAGAAUCAGUUGGGUCUUAAAGAGACUGGCCAUCUGGAUCAAUCCACAAUCGAGGCCAUGAAAAAGCCACGUUGUGGUGUUCCAGACGUCCGCAACUAUCAGACAUUUGAAGGAGACCUGAAGUGGGAUCACAAUGACGUUACAUACAGGAUUCUGAACUACUCACCAGACUUAGACGCCUCUAUUAUUGACGAUGCUUUUGCCCGAGCCUUCAGUGUGUGGAGUGAUGUCACACCUCUAACUUUCACACGUCUCUAUGAUGGCACUGCUGACAUUAUGAUCUCAUUUGGGAAAAAGAAUCAUGGAGAUCCCUACCCAUUUGAUGGGAAAGAUGGCCUGCUGGCACAUGCCUAUCCACCUGGUGAAGAGAUAAAGGGAGAUGCUCACUUUGAUGAUGAUGAAUUCUGGACCCUUGGCAAUGGACCAGAAAUCAAGACCUACUUUGGCAAUGCAGAAGGUGCCAUGUGUCAUUUCCCUUUCCGGUUUAAAGGGAAGUCGUAUUCCACUUGCACCACUGUAGGUCGCGAUGAUGGCCUGCCAUGGUGUGCAACAACUGCUGAUUAUGGCAAAGAUGGAAAAUAUGGUAUCUGCCCUAGCGAGCUUCUUUUUACAUAUGGAGGAAAUGGAGAUGGUGAAGAAUGUGUCUUUCCAUUUGUGUUUGAGGGGAAAACAUAUACCAGCUGUACCACUGAAGGACGUAACGAUGGGUAUCGUUGGUGCGCCACUACAGCCAGCUUUGACCAGGACAAGAAAUAUGGAUUCUGUCCUAACAGAGAUACUGCUGUGAUGGGUGGAAACUCUGAGGGGGAGCCAUGUCACUUUCCUUUCAGGUUCCUGGGGAAAACCUACAGUUCCUGCACAAGUGUAGGCCGCAGUGAUGGAAAACUGUGGUGUGCCACAACCAGCAGCUAUGACAAGGAUAAUAAAUGGGGCUUUUGCCCAGAUAAGGGUUACAGUCUGUUUCUGGUGGCAGCUCAUGAGUUUGGACAUGCCCUUGGUCUUGAACAUUCCAACAUCCAGGAUGCUUUGAUGUACCCAAUGUACAAAUAUAUAGCUGACUUUUCUCUACACCAGGAUGACAUUGAAGGCAUCCAGUAUCUCUAUGGACCCAAAAAUGGCCCAGAACCUACCCCACCCAAAUCAUCAACCACUACAUCUACUCAAAAACCCAAAUCCACUACAACACCACCAAAGACUACUUCUGCCAGUUUUACAAUAACUUCAUCUGUGUCUAUGCCUGGAAAACCCUCAGUUGAUCCUUGCGAGGUGGAUAAAUUUGAUGCAAUCACAGAGAUCCAGGGAAAGCUUCAUUUCUUUAAAGAUGGGUACUACUGGAAGUCCUCAAGUGGUGGCAACAAGCAUCACCCAGUUUCUUUCAAUGUCUCGAAGAGAUGGCCUACCCUGCCAACUAAACUUGACACUGUUUUUGAGGAUCCUCUUACUAAAAAGAUUUACUUCUUUGCAGGCACUCGGUUUUGGAUGUUUACUGGACAGAAAGUAAUGGGACCACGCAGAAUUGAGAAACUUGGCUUGCCUUUUAGCUUGAAGAAGGUUGAAGGAGCAUUGCAAAGGGAAAAAGGCAAAGUGCUGCUUUUUAGUGGGGAGGAUUAUUGGAGGCUGGAUCUAAAGGCUCAGAGGAUAGAUGAAGGAUACCCCCGCCACACUGAAACUGACUUUGCUGGUGUCCCAAUAGAUGCUCACGAUGUGUUCCUUUAUAAGCGACACUAUUAUUUCUGUCGAGAUAUCUUCUACUGGAGAAUGACCACCAAACAAAAAGUUAAUAAAGUUGGAUAUGUCUUUGAACUUCUAAAUUGUCCCAAUGUCUGAAUAGUUUUUCAUCGGACUGAAGUAUUUUAAGAAAAGCACAUCAGAUGAAAUGCAAAUUUCAUAUGUGUUUUUAAAAAGAAUUUACAGUGUUAAUGAAAAGAAAGAAGUUUUCAAAUAAGAAUUGACAAUUUUUAUAUAUUUUAUAUAUAUUUAAUUUUAUAUUACAAAUAUAUACCCACAGCAAAUGGUGAAUUAAUAAAUAUAUUGUUUGUUAAAAUACAUGUUAUCUUCUCUUUGUAUUAAAGCUAAGUUUGCACAGUGAAUGUUUAUAUCAAUUGUCUGAUUUAUUAUAAAUAAAACCAUUUUGUUAAAUACAUUAUGAAAUGCAUUUAAAGUAUGAUUGUUUUUUCUUUUCUUUAUCACUAA